AUGAAGAGCCUCUAUAGUUUGGAAUCUUACUGCCUCCGAUUCCAUACAGAACCCCUUGACAUAAAACAAGCUUACCGCAAAAAGGCUGGCCCAGCAAAUGAUUGCACCGAUCCAAAGCGAAAGGCGUCUCAACUUGGGGUAUCGAUAAAUAAGUGGAUAGGUGAAUGGGCCUAUUCAAAUCAGUUAGAUGUUAUGAAAAGAUUAUUUAUGCCUACCGGAACAAUAAAUGAUACCAGUUGUGAGCGUGCCAAUCAGUGGAAGCAAAGAGAAGGCAUGAGGUUGGGUAGAAACGCGGCGAGUAGCUACACUUCAAUCAGCAACUUCUAUAAAUGCAAAGAUAUUGGCCACAAACAAAUGACCAAGCACCAAACCCUCUAUCCACAGGAGGAAGUGAAGUCGGAU